GUCUCCACCGCUUCUCCCCGGUGCCCUUCCUCCAUUUAUCCUCCCAGCGCAGCUCCCUCACGCUCCAUUUUCUCUGGCCGCUGCUCAGGCCGGCGUUCUCUGCUCGUCGUGGAGCUUCUCUCCCCUGCUGGCAGCCGAAACUCUCUCUCCCUCGAUAUGGAGCUUUCACGGCGCUCCAUUUUUCCCCCAGCGCGUGCUCUUCUCCCUCUGCCCUCUCACUGCCGCGCGCGUCCUCCCAUGGCCGCGGCACCCCUGCUCGGAGUUCCCUGGUGCCGCGCCCUGAACUCCCCGCGCCCGGCUCCCAACACGUCUUCUUUCCCCCAAGCGCCCUGCUCUGCUCGCCCAUCCUUCCCUCCCUGCUCGGAUUUCUUCCAUGGCCGGCACGCAGCUUCGAGUUCGCCGAGUUCUCUCUCUCCCAUGGUGUGCUCUGUUCUCUCCUGCUCCCCUGGUCGCCGUGCCCCUGCCCAGCCUCCAUCUUUCCCCAGCCGCCCUUCCCUCUGCCAGCUCGGCCGACCGUCCCGAACUCGCAUCCAUGGCGCCUGGCCGGAGCUCCUCCUCUCCCUCGAUCCCAUGGUGCUCGGCGUCCAUCUCCCCGUUCCUGUGCCGCGCCCCUGCUUCCCAGCUUGAGCUCGCCCACCUCGUCCAUGGCCGUCGUGCCGAGUUCACCCUGCGCGUAGCCGGUGUUUCUCCGAUGGCGCGCCCUCCCUGCUCGUUCUUCAGCUCGGUGCUCCUCACGCUCGGAUCCAUGCCGCACGGAGCUCCGUGGUGCUCGCCCCUGUGCCGUCGCUCAGCUCCCUGGCAUCUUCCUCCCUGCGUGCGUCUCCAUCUUCCAGUCGAGCUCUGUGCUCACGCGCAGCUCGCUCUUUCUUUGUUUGCCGCCCGCACGAAUUUUCUCUGCUCGCCACGGAGUGUCGAGCUCCCGCGCCGUCGAAUCGCCUGCUUGCUGUCUGCGCCGCCUAAGUCCCCUCGCCGUGCGCUCUGGGGUCGGCUGCCGCCGAUUCCGCCAUUGAACUUUCAAGCUCGCCAAUGCUUCAGCUCGUUGUUGUCGCCAAGUCCGAAUAUCACAGCUCGUUCUUGUGGCCGUGAGUUCUUUCCUGUGCGCACGCGAGCUCCUCUGUUUGGCCCGUCAUCGUUCUCCAGCUCCUUACCGCACUCGACUGUUUGUCGUCGUCGCUCGGUCGCGCAACAGGCUGACUGCAUGUCGUGUGUCGCACGUCCUAGGUCCUCGUCGUCGCGUCGUUCGCUUUCACACUGUGUGCGACAGCAUCGUCGUUUUCCCUAUCCAGAGCUCGCGCUAACCUGCUCGACCACACCUCGCCAGCUCGCUCUAGACACGAUCUCGUCGUCGUUCCGUGCGUCAUCAAAAAAUUCCAAGCGUCGGGUGAAGACGAAGCUAGCAGCACGAUAUUCCCCAAGCGCUCGAUAAAUUGCCAGGAUCGGAAAAUCAUUACCAAUCCCGCGGAUUCGAGUCAGCUGUUGAAACAGUAAGCUGAUGAAUUAUUCAGAAUAGUUCGAUCAUUGAAUAAAUUAAUGUGCUAGUGCAAUGCUCAUUAUGAUGCUCGAUAAAUUGCGUGAGUCACGGAACUCUCGUCGACUUCGCGGUUCUUGUGAUUAUCGAGCCAAAUUCAGUUUUGGUGAGUUAUUUCACCAUUCCAGAUUUCCAGUUAAUUAGUUUAACCGGUGGACCGAGUAGAAUAUUAGUAGGCCUGUGUGAUGAUGAAAUAUUUUAAUCACUUAUAAAGAUGUGUAUAUAUUUACGAU